AUGAGCAAAGUACUAGAGUUUAAUGGGAAUUUCGAAAAAAGUUCCUAUCCAAUUGUAAAGUUUCCCCCACUAGAUUUAAGAGCUUGGCUGAUUGAAAAAGAUCCGGUUGUGUGGGCUCAUCUGUUAACCACAUAUGUAUCAUUUUUUGAAUACUUAAUGCAACAAGAUAAUAUUGAGCAUAUUGAUGAAUCUACCCAUGAUCAAUUGUGUCUAUUUGUAAGAAACUAUCUCCAUGAAAUGGCAGCAGAAAAAGGCCAAGUAUUAGCGCUUGGUGAGAACCAUGAUGUCGAUUUUCAGAUGAAUUUAUUGAGAACUUGGAUUUACUACAUGAUUAAAAAAUGUGGAUUAUUAUAUUUGCAGCUGUAUGGAGAUUCUUUAUGGGAUUUAGUUAAGCUUUAUGUUGACCAAAAUCCAGAUUCUGUAAGAAGUUUGCUUGAUGGCACAUUGAAACCUCAGAUUAACACCCAAAAGGCGCAGUUAAAUAGAAUACACCAGAUUCAACAACAGUUAAAGCACAUGGUAGAAUCAGGAAAGUUUCAAAGAGUUGAUUUAAAAAGUUUUGAGUCUCUUUUGAACGAAAAAAGUAGUAAGAAUAAAGGCUCGCAUACUAAUAUAAAAUUUGCAGAAGAUUUUCUUACAGCUACUUGGAUGGAAGUAUUGGAAUCGUGGUGGUCUAAAGGUAAAGGUCGACUAAAAAUUUAUGCCCAGCAAUUAGCAAUCAUUUCUUUAUUAUCUGCACCAUCUAGUAAAAUUGGAAGUAUGCUGAAAGAAUUGGGUGUUAGUAAUUUAGAUACAUUGUCAUUAUACCCACUGCUAGGUACAUUACUAAUUAGCGAAAAGUUUAUUUCUAAAAAGCCAGACUUACGUAACUAUAUUCCAUUCCUUAACUUGCUUGAUGACGAAGAUUAUUUUGAAUCAGAAAAUGAUGAUUAUGACGAAAAUAAUCAAAUUGAAGAAGCCCCUACUGCCAAUAUUAAUCAAGAUGAUAUUUGCACUCUAUGUGAACUCUUUCCAGAUCUAACCAAUUAUCAAAUUUCACAAUUGCUACUUCGAUAUGAUGGUAAUGUUGAAGUGGUCAGUAAUAUUAUGUUUGAAAAUCCUAGCAUUUCAGAUGAUAUUCCUAAAGAAAAGCCUAAAAAUGAAUCUGAAAAUGUACUAAGAACUAAUAAUCAGAAAGACAUGUCUCAAAAAUUGUCUAAAAUUGCCAAAAAUAAUAAGGGUAAUGAAGCUGUCGGUAGCUUUGAUAGCAAUUCUAAUAUGCUUAACAGCAUUAAAGGUGAAUUGAGAAUUUCUAGUGUUGUUCAAAGGGGAAAGAAAAAAUUUGACGAUAACAUUAUAAAUAAGCAUGUACCAGAUGAAAUCAAAAAUAGGACCAUGGCUAGAGCUUUACAAUUAAUAUAUGAAAGUGAUGAAGAUGAACGUGAUGACACAUAUGACGAAGCUGAUAUUGGUCGUGGAGAAGCAGCUACUGCUAAGCACUCAAAGGGUUCUAGUAACAACAGCAAUGUUGAAGUAUCGGAUAAUGAAAAAAAGAAACAGGAAGAAGCAAAUUCUAAAUAUGAUCAAAUUGAAGGUUAUUUAUGGAAUUUGCUGAAACAAGACUCUAAAUUAUUUGAUAGAUCUCAACGAGGCUCGAAAAGCAGAAAAAGUAUGAAGCAACAGAUCGGUUGGUCGGAUGAGCAAAUUGAAGGCUGGGCUCGUAUGCUGGAAAGAUCACCCAAGAGAGCUAUGUUAUUGGAAGAAAAGUAUAUGUUCUCUGGUAAUAAGAAGUCUGGUAAAUCAUCUUUUGUUCAGAAUAGAGAUGGCCAUAUAGAAGAACAUAUUAAUGAUAAACGGUAUAAGGGAAGACGUAAUAUUAAAAUAGAUCCUGACAAUAAUAAGUCUACCAGAGAUGAAUCAUCCAAGAAGAAUAAGGAUUUGAAGAAUACAGGAAAUACUAGAAAUACUACAUGCAAUACUGGUCAAAACCAAAAGAGACAACAAGCUAAAAAUGAAAAGAAUAAAAGCUCAAAAGCUAAUCAUAAUCGGAAAGCUCAACGUGAUAAAAAAAUGGUGCAUUCGGGGCAAUAA